AGAGAGAGAGAGAGAGAGAGACAGAGACAGACAUGUCAAACACCAGCGCCACCACUCCCUAUGUGGUAGAGGAUUACCGUGGAAUGCUCCAAGUCUACAGUGACGGCUCUAUAGUCCGCUCUUAUCCGCAAAACCUCAACGUGGGUGUCCAUGAAGAUGGCUCUGUGAUCUGGAAAGACGUCACCUUCGACCCAAUUCAUGGUCUCCAACUCCGUCUCUACAAGCCCUCUUCUGCUAUCACAAGCACAAAGCUCCCAAUCUUCUACUACAUCCAUGGCGGUGGAUUCUGCCUCAGCUCUUGCACUUGGCCCAUGUAUCAAAACUGCUGUUUCCGUCUCGCAUCAGACCUUCAAGUCAUCGUUGUCUCACCUGAUUAUCGUCUGGCACCUGAGAAUCGCCUUCCAGCGGCAAUCGAAGAUGGAUUCGCAGCGGUUAAGUGGCUCCAAGCUCAGGCUCUUUCCGAUAAUCCCGACACCUGGUUGACUGAUGUCGCCGAUUUCAAUAGAGUUUUUAUCUCGGGAGAAUCGGCGGGAGGCAACAUCGCUCAUCAUCUCGCGGUUGGACUCGGAGAGGGAUGGCCGGAGUUGGCUCCUGUUCGAGUGAGAGGUUAUGUGUAUUUGUCUGCUUACUUUGGCGGAACCCAACGUUUGAGGUCAGAGAUGGAGGGAGGGAAGAAGGUUUGUUCGAUAUGGAGAUUAUUGGACAGGUUUUGGAGUAUGUCAAUACCAGUUGGAGAGACAAGAGAUCACCCAUCAGUGAACCCGUUUGGACUUGCUUGCCCAAGCCUUGAACCUGUGGCUCUUGACCCUAUCCUGGCAGUAGUUGGUAGCUAUGAUAUACUAAAGGACAGGAUUGAAGAUUUCGUAAGACGAUUGAAAGAAUGGGGAAAGAAAAUAGAGUAUGUCGAAUUCGAGAGAGAGGAUCAUGGUUUCUUUGUAAUCCAUCCCAACUCUGAAGCAUCAAAGAAGUUGAUGGAAAUCAUCAAAAGAUUUAUCACUAAAAACUCCAGCAACCAGAGCUGAGUUGCACUUGCUGCACACAC